AUGCAGGUCUGGGAUAAAGAUAUUAUUGAGACAGCAGGAGAUCGAUUUUACGACAAUGUUGUGGAGGAAUUUCUCGACGCACUCAAACAAAACAUCACUGGAGAGUGGUCUGAUCAAGUUGUGAAAUGGGAGAAAUGCAGCAAUAACAAGGUCGCUUGUCCUGAUGUCUACGCACUCUUUGAUGGUGAUGGACAUCAAGUGCCUCAAGAUCUAGUGGAAAAAGUUGGUAAGGUGUUUGAAACCAUUCUGGAAGAGGCUAACAAACUCAGGUAUGAAACAAAUGAAGACAUGUCUAUAGCACAGGCUAUUAAGCUAGUCAUGGAGAGGCAUUCAAUAUGA